AUGUUGUUGGGAUUCAUCGUCGUAAUAUCUGCAUUGGUUGGCCUAUCUCAUGCCGGCAAUGGCAACGGUCAAGGACAAACCAAAACCUGCACAAUCCCGUCAAAAUACAAAUCCUCAAACGGAACAGCCGACGACUCACCAGCUGUCGCUGCCGCAUUUGCAAAAUGCUCAUCAGACUCGAUUAUUGAAUUCAAGAAAGGGGUCGACUACAACAUAUUCAACCCGAUCUCCGCGAAGAACUUGUCAAAUGUGGUCAUUCGUCAGCAAGGCAACCUUCACCUCCCUCAGAAUAUCACCUAUAUCCAAGACCUGGUAGAAGCUUCCAAUGCACUUACAUAUAGUACUGCUCUAUACUGGUUCGCAUUUGCGGGUCCUAAGAUUCAGUAUGAGGGGUCAAAAGAUGUUACCACAGGUUGGAUAAAUUCAUAUGGCCAAGCAUGGUGGGACGCUAACCCUCUGAAUGGAACUGGACUGGCCAAUCGACCACAUCUUUUUCAACUGAAUACCACAAAUGGCGGUAUGAACUAUUUCAAAUCUCGCAAACCGAUAGCAUGGAAUGUGCAGCUCCUAGGAAACAAUAUCCGUGUCAAAAACAGCAUCGUUGACUCGUAUUCUGAAUCUGGCGGUUUCCCAUUCAACACUGAUGGAUUUGGUGUUACAGCUACAAAUGUUCACAUUUCCGACUCAAUUAUCUAUAAUGGAGAUGAUGCAUGUGCGGUGCAGUCUGGAUCUCAUAACGUUGUCUUCGAAAGAGCAACGAUUGGGUAUCAAUCCCAUGGUUUAUCCAUAGGAUCUCUUGGACAAAAUCAAGCUUCGUUUGCCAAUGUAUCGAACAUUCAUUUCCGUGAUGUGACAGUCAUCGAUGCUGUCUAUGCUGCUCGAUUUAAGAGUUGGGCUGGAGGUCAAGGGAUCGCAAAGAACAUUACGUGGGAGGAUAUUCGCGUAUAUAAUGUUUCAUUUCCGAUUUUCGUCACCCAAACGUACUACAACCAAGGAAAUAACGCGACUCAGCUUGAGCCUGGGCAGAUAAGUGGGCGCCCUAAUAACGCAAGUGUGAAUAUGGAGGAUUUCACUUGGAAGAACUUUAGAGGAACAGUGAAUACCUUUCAGCCAGGUGAUGGAUCUUGUGUUACGGAUCCGUGCUGGUAUGAUGUUGGACUGCCCAAUUUGCAAAGGACGGGAACUAUCAUCAUUGAAUGUAACACGCAGAGUUCUUGUAAGAACUUCAAUUUGGUCGAUAUAGAGAUGUUUCCCCAGGAUUAUGGAAAUCCGACAGUGGUCUGUAUCAACGCUACCAGCGCGUUGAAUCCGAGAUUGGGGAUCAACUGUGUGAAUGGAACAUUUGCUCCUUUGAGUUAA